AUGGCAUCACACCACCACCACGCCAUCAUUCCACGCCCAUUCUCGCUCUUUCAACCUGCAACAUUCCACGUCACAGCUCUCUCCUUGCUCUGCACAGCUUCCGGUCUGCCCGUCGCUGUUGCUGUGUCCGCUACUGUCGCUGCUGGUGCUCGACUCAAUAAUGGGGCGAUCGACCGCCAUGACGAAAGUGGAUCCCUUUCCCCACAGCUUCCGGCCUCCCGCGCUGCUGCAUUGUCCGGGGGUUACAUCGAGCACCUCCUCCAUUGUGCUGGCCCAGAGCCCCGGAUCGAGAAGUCCUGCGAUUUCAGGCUUUUCGGGUACACAGGACGAGACCGGGAGAGGCAAACCCGCUCGCUCCAUAACAUUCAAGCCCUCGAGUCGUAG